UUUAUUGAUUGAUUGAAAAUGGAAUCAUGACAAAUAUCGACUAUCAACUGGUUGGAGUUUAGUUCUGAUAAUGUGUCCGAAGAAGAAAUGGAGAAAAUAAUUAAGGAGAUAGAAGAGGAGGAAUUAGAAGAGGAAAGGAAAGCGGAAGAGCAUCUCCUAUUUAUCCAGCGGAGAGAAGAAAAGAAGCUGGCAAUUCAAGCGGCAUUAAAAACUGGUUCUUACUGGAAACAAGCUCAUGUACAGAAUUCUUUUGUAUCCGAACAGUCUGGGAGUGAACUAGACAGCGCUCUUGAUAGCCCGGCCCCCCAGAGCCCCGCCCCCCUUGAUGACCAAGGGGCGGGGCAGAAAAAAAAAGAUGCCCGGGCUCCACAAGAGGAAGGCGCUAAGAUAUGUUCUCCGCAUGCCGGGGAACCACCCGAGCCGGGCCAAUCACAGCCACCACAUCAGCUAGAAGAAACAGCCGAGAGUUCUACAGUUGAAGUUAAACUCGAGAAGGAAGAUGAUACUAAGGACGAGGAGAACAAAGACGCGAAAAGAUCAAUUAGUUCAGAUUCACGCAAGAACAGCACUGCCGAUAUUACGCUUAAGAAAGAGGACUCCGAGGUUAAAACCGAAAUUAUUGAGGAUGAAACUGAAACCGAGGCCGCCUCCAAACCUGAAGAAAUGGAGGUUGAUAUUCCGGCUUCAGAGGUUGUGGACAUAAAAGUUGAGGACAUCAGUGGUGAACCUGAGGACAAGGUUGGCGAGGAGGAUGUUGUUGAAAAGAAAAAGAAUGAAGAAAAUAAGAAAAUUGAUGAUUCUGAAGAUGAGAAGGAAGAGGAAGUGAUCAAUGAUGUUGAAGAGGUAACUGCUGGAGAUGAACAUGAUGAUGAUCAUGAAGAGAACGAGAAGAAAGAAGACGAAACUGAAGGGAUAAAGACCGUAAAGAAAGAGACAAAGGAUGAAAAUAAAGAAGUUACAAAGGAAACUAAACUAGAAACUGUCCCGGAAAUACCUCCGCCUAAAACAAUCCCAAAACCGGAAACUGUUCCGGCCAAACCUGAAGUCAUCCUCCCCGCCCUAGAGGCUCCUGAGAUUAAGAUCACUCCCCGUAGAGGCCGACCUAGGUCCAAGAAGACCUCCGAGGUUGUUGAGGUCAAACAGGAGGUAAAAGAUGAGGAAGAGAAGAGUGGUAGUAGACAAUCCAGCCCUGGAGGACAGAGUGGAGCUCCUGGAGUGCCUAGUGGAGCACCUGGAGUACCAAGGCCAACCUCGCCUUCUCCGGAGGUUAAAACUAGGAGUGGGAGUAGAGAGAGUGAAGGAUCAACAACUGCUGGAGUAGGAUCUACUCCUACACCUACUCCUGGUCCCUCUAGAUCCCGUAGAUCCUCACGUCCCAUCAGUUCUAGGGGGGCAUCACCCUCACUUCCGUCACUAGAGGAGGAGAAGGAAUACAAGGUUUGGAAGAAAUCUAUUCUAAUGGUUCUGUCCCAGAUUGCCCAACACAAGCAUGCUUCUCUAUUCGCUGCCCCGGUCAGCGAGGCUGAAGCACCAGAAUACAGGGAUAUAGUUUACCAACCGGUGGAUUUAAGCUCUAUCAAGAAAAAUAUUGAAUCUGGGGUUAUCAGAACAACUGAGGCAUUUCGUCGGGAGCUAACUUUGAUGUUCUUCAAUGCUACAAUGUACAACAGUAGUUCCCACGACGUGUACAGACUAUCUCUAGCUAUGUACAAGGAUACAGAGGGGAUUGUUCAGGAGUACUUGAAUACACAGGCAUUAUUGAAGGCUAGUGAGAAUCCUAAGUUAAGAAUGAAGGAAUUUAUUGAGGGUCCUGUAGGUAGAACUAGAACCGGAAGUGGAUCCCAUACACCGGAUGACCGGAAGAAACAAGAGAGCAAGCGGCAACGAACUACAGACGAGUAUCCAGCAGCUAAAAAACGUCGACUUCGAAACCUGGACGAUUAAACCAAAAAAAUCUGAAUUGAUAAAAAACACUCAAUGGAAAAACAUAACCCACCCCUCUCCCUCAAAAAAAAGUAAUUCAAUGCCAAAGUGCAAACUUUGAUCAGCAUUUUUCUAGUUUCUUAUUUGUAUUGUUUUACUCAUUAUUAGUACUGCUGUGUUUACUGUUUAUUAUUUGUAAUACUGUAAUCUCGUUCAAUCAUAUUCAUUCUUAUAAGAAUCCUUGAUGCAAGUAUACCAAGGUGCAAACCUACUAUUUUAUAACAUUUUUUCAUACUGGGUCAUUGUAUGUACAGUGUACACUGUACACUGUACACUGUACACUGUACACUGUACACUGUACACUUAAAGGAACUGUAGACCUAAUUUCAUAUGAAACUUAUUAAUGGAUUGAUAUUUCCAAUUCACAACGGUAAAUGAUAAAUGAUAAUUUCAUGUUUUCCUCAUCAAAAUAUUUAUUGUUUUCAGUUCUAGUUUCUCUUAAACAGUGACCUAGACCCCUUUGGCCCCCCACCCCCGGCCAAAAAAAAUGUUUCGACGAAAUGCUUUCUUCCACUAAUAAUGGCGGUUUGCACCAUAAAUCUUGUGAAUUGUAAAUAAUAUGAAAAGUUUGUACAUUGUAAACUAUUCAUAAUUGUAUUUUCAGA